CCCUGGGAGCUUUAACCCUCAAUUUUCAGUGGUAGUGAGUUGUAAAACCUAAAAAGGACGGUUCAUUGGAAGCGUUCGGUGACAUCAUCAGAAUUAAAGAGUAAUAUUUUUACAAAAUAGUAAAUGUACUUUGUCAAUUAAAACAAAGCUUUACAAUCACUGGCAUGCAGUGAAUCAACCUCCCCACCCUAAAGCUACUGGACAAGAAGGUAACGUUACGGCCAGAAAGGAGAUCCUGCAGGUUCUGCCGGCUGCGAUGGUGCCAGAAAUUCAUUAAGACAGGGAAGACAGAGUCCAUCAGCAGAGGCCUGUCUGCAGUCCUAACAGCCUGGCAGAAAAUUCAGCCCGGGCCUUUGAUCCGUCAGCCCGUGAGAUGCCCUCCCUCCCCAACGAUGGAGAGGAUCAAGGAACAUCCCCCGUGAACCUGCCGUCUGCCCCGUCCUAUCAGAACGGGGGGAAGAGGAAGGUCCGCACCAAGAAGAAGAAGAAGGGAUCCAUCUCAGCCAACGUGGCAGGAACCAAAUAUGAGAUCGUGCGCAUCGUGAUCGGGGAAAUGGCCUUCCUGAAGACCAGAGACGAGGACGAAACGGCCAACCUCAUCUGGAACGACUCAGCGGUGCAGCACGAGAAAAUCGCUGAGCUCAGGAACUACCAGAGAAUUAACCAUUUCCCGGGAAUGGGCGAGAUCUGCCGAAAGGACUGCCUGGCACGGAACAUGGCCAAAAUGAUAAGGAGCCAGCCGCAGGAGUACGGCUUCAUCCCCAAAACCUGGAUAUUCCCCGCCGAGUACACCCAGUUCCAGAACUACGUCAAGGAGCUGCGGAGGAAGCGCAAGCAGAAGACCUUCAUCGUCAAGCCCGCCAACGGCGCCAUGGGUCACGGGAUCUCCCUGAUCAGAAACUGCGAGAAGCUUCCGGCCCAGGACCACUUCAUCGUCCAGGAGUACCUGGACAAGCCCUUCCUGAUGGAGGGCUACAAGUUCGACCUGAGGAUCUACAUCCUGGUCACCUCCUGCGACCCCCUCCGCAUCUUCCUGUACAACGACGGCCUGGUGCGGAUGGGCACGGAGAAGUACCACGUGCCCAACGAGUCCAACCUGAAUCAGCUGUACAUGCACCUGACGAACUACUCCGUGAACAAACACAACGAAAACUUCGAGAGGGACGAGACGGCGGACAAGGGCAGCAAGAGGUCCAUCGGCUGGUUCACCGAGUUCCUCCGCACCCACGACCACGACGUGGCCAAAUUUUGGGGCGACGUCUCGGAGCUGGUGGUGAAGACCCUCAUCGUGGCCGAGCCUCACGUACUGCACGCCUACCGCAUGUGCCGCCCCGGCCAGCCACCAGGGAGCGACAGCGUCUGCUUCGAGGUCCUGGGCUUCGACAUCAUCCUGGACCGCAAGCUGAAGCCGUGGCUUCUGGAGAUAAAUCGAGCUCCAAGUUUCGGGACGGAUCAGAAGAUUGACUAUGACGUUAAGAAGGGAGUCCUGAUCAACGCUCUGAAGCUCCUGAACAUCAGGGCCAGCGAUAAGCGGCGGAACCUGGCGCAGCAGAAGGCGGAGGCGCAGCGCCGGCUGUACGGCCAGGGCUCCAUGAAGAAGCUGUCGGCCGGGUCCUCCGAGUGGGAGAAGCAGAGGCACACGCUGGAGCGGAGGAAAGAGGAGCUGAAAGAGCGGCUGGCUCAGGUCCGCAAGCAGAUCUCCAGGGAGGAGCAUGAGAACCGACAUCUGGGGAACUACAGACGCAUUUACCCCCCGGAUGACAAGCUGCUCUUGGAGAAGUACGAGAGCCUGCUCUCCGCCGCCUUUCAGACGUUCCUCGCCGGGCGGGCCGCCUCGCUUCAAAAGGAAAUGAAUAAUCCUCUGAAACGAAUGAAGGAGGAAGAUAUCCUCGACCUCCUGGAGCAGUGCGAGCUGGAUGAUGAGAAACUCAUGGGCAAAUCGUCUCGGCAACGAGGGCCUAAGCCCCUGUUGUCCAUGCCCGAGAGCGCCCAGACGCCCAAGAAGCAGAGGGACGGCAGCAGCGCCAGCAGCUGCGACGACAGCAGCUCGUCCGGCUCGGAGGACCAGGAGAAAGAGGACCUCCAGGAGCGGAAGGAGAAGAAGGUUUCAUACGACCUGGGGGAGAACAGGCACAAGCCGUCGGAGCGCUCCAGCAGGGUGCACUGGAAGCCUCCGGUCAAGCCCGUCAAAGCCGGACCCUCGGCUUCCCCGACGCUGCCGGGGCCCAUCCGGCGCUCCAUCUCCUGCCCGCGCUCCAUCUCCUCGCUGACGGCGCAGUCGCCCACCGGCGAGCAGCGGGCGCCCGCCGCCAAGCCCGCCACGCCCGCCCUGCGGCCCAGCUCCGCCUCCCGCUCCCACUCCCUGAACCGCGGGGCCUCCGCCGGCAGGGUGCCCCACAGCAGCAGCCUGGGGACCAUCCAGUCCAGCAUGGGCGAGCCCAUGCUCAACUUGAGAACUAAGGAGCAGGAGGCGGAGCUGACUCGGCAGACCCUGGCCGCUCUGAGCGAAAUGAGGAUCCGCUUCCCCGGGAAGAGCGAGGAGGAGGCGGAGAUGGUCCUGGACGACAUACUUGAUAACUGGAAAUAUCAUAAACCAAAAGUGGCCUCUUAUUGGUUGGUGAAGUUGGACUCCACAAAACAAAGGAAGGUCUUGGACAUCGUUCGCACCAACGUGCGCUCGGCGCUGCAGAGGAUCUGGAGGGAGCCCGACGUGGACAGUUUACAUUUGUACCGCCUUUUCAACCGUGUCUUUAACCGCCUGCUCUGGAGCCACGGCCAGGGGCUGUGGAACUGCUUCUCCAACUCCGGGUCGUCGUGGGAGACCAUCCUGAAUAAGAGCAGCGAGGCGGUGUCGCCGGUGGAGCUGCAGUGCUGCCAGAGGCUGGUGCAGCUGUGCCGCGACUGCCUGCUCGUGGUCUACAAGUUCGUGGCCGACUCCCGCGGCUCCCUGACCGGCCUCAGCCCGGAGUGGGACGACACCAGGUAUCUGCUGCCGGUGACCUCCCAGUUCAUUAUGAAGUGGCCUUCCUCCAGCUUCGGACGCGUCUCCUCGGCCUUGCCCCGCUCCCGCAGCCUGUUCACCACCAGGAUGGGGCAGUUCUGAGGAGAGGAGAGAAGAGGAGGGAGGGAGGGAGGGAGGGAGGGAGGGAUGGACGGAGUGCUACAAGCUGUUUCCCAGCUCUGCAGAUUGGCAGAUUUAUCUGUUCCCGGAGCCCCUCAACACUCCAGCUGAGGAGGACCGGACCCCGCCCGUGUCAAAGGCUGUGCCGAAUGAGAGCAAGAACGGACGGAACUGUGCACCCCCUCCCCCCCACACCGCCCCCACCCCUCACCCCCUCACCACCCCCACCCCUCACCCCCGAGCACUACCACAUCCACAUCAUAUGCAGAAGUUGUACCGGUCCCAGACGCGCCGUCCAGUAAAGCCUGCUGUAUGCUACCUGUCCGCUGUACAGAUGUCACAGUACUGUAAAAAUGAAAAGGAAAACAAAAGACAAAAGUAUUCAUUUAUUUUGAGAUGUAACAUAUUCCACGAAAACCAGAAUGUUCUGAAGAUGGAAUGACAAUGCAGGUAAUCCCCUGUUUGAGAAAACGGAUGUAAAUUGCUUAUUUUUGCGGUUAAUGACGAAUGCAAAAUAAUUUUGGUGCUUUUUUUUUUUUUUUUUUUAAAUGGUCAUAACAUGUUUAGAUGCGCUGGUCUUAAUAUUAUAUACAGUAGCUGCUUUUAUGAUCCAUAUGCCCCUAGUGCAGCUUCCAUUCGGUACGAUACAGGAGAACCCGAAAGGCUUUCAGAUCCGUAAAUACAGUCUGAGCCUACACAUCAUCUGCCCAAUAACUGCGAAGCUUAAGAGUCUUGGCUCAGUAAUUCAGUUCAUUGAUUUCGAGUCCGAGACCGAAUAUGAGCAUUUUAGUUAAGAGGAGGAGAUGGCGGUAUCCACGAAGAAAACAGCGAGGUUUUUUGAUCUCACAUUUAGUUAUGUAACGUACGGCUGCACAUUAGGGAGCCAACAGACGCCUUAGAGAAUGUUGUGUUGAACAUGCGCCUCGCAGUAUGUUAAGGUGGGACUUGGUGUACUGCUGUUGUUUGCAUUAUUUUUUGUUUGCAUGCAUGAAAACCAGUUGCUGAUUCCCUAACCCGCACUGGAUAAGAGCCAACUGCUCAUGGGAAAUACUUGAAUUAAUUUGCGUUGCAAUUGCAUUAAGUAACUUAAGUUCUUUUGUUGUUUUUUUAAAAUACAUGUAUGUGUUGUCUUUUAGUGGUAAUAUCAUGGAUUUAAGGUACCUAUUUACUGUAUGAGGAAAAAGCAUUCUUUAUGAAGAUGGUUACACUAGAUUUGAUCAGUAUGCCCAGCUGUAACCAAAGUGCAUUGUUUCCUCCCUGACUGAUGCCAGUUAUGCCAUACAGUGUUUUAGCAGCUGCGUCCCAUGUUUACUCCAUCAGGUGUAAGUGCCAGUGCAAAACAGUGGUAUGCCAACAUGAAGCACAACCAGUGAUAAUGGUAAUUGGCCAUCGUUACGGUUAAAAAUGUGCUUAAUUGCAGUAGGUUUCUCCUUAGUUUGUAUUAAUAAUGUCCAUGGAAUCAUAUUCUAUACAUAAGUUAUAUAUGUACAUUGUAGGGACACUGUGUUCAGUUGUAUAAAUUAUUUAAUUUUAAUGGUUAAUGGCUAACCCCGAGGUAAAGUCAGUUUCAAAAGGUUUCUCCGAAUGGAUUUGACCUUGUGCUACGAAUAUACGUACUUUCAUUUCCCCCCAAUUGUGUCAUUCAACAAUGCCAAACAUUUUUAUCUUGCCUGCAUAUAUGUAAAGUACGGCUGUAUAUUUCCUUUGAGGAUAUGGAUUUUAAGUUUACAUAGCAAUAAAAUGCUUCAAACAACA